AUGGUAAUGGUAUUGAUAAUGGGAUAUGGUAACGGUAAUGGUAAUGUGAUUGGUAAUGAUAAUGGUAAUGGUAAUUGUAAUAGUGUUGGUGUUGGUGUUGGUGUUGGUGUUGGUGUUGGUUUUGGUUUUGGUUUUGGUAUUGGUACUGGUAUUGGUACUGGAACACGAAAGAAUUUCGUAUGGAAAAUUUUAUCGGCUACUAUCCGUUCAAAAGGCGAAAUAGUUAUAAAUGUUGCUUCCAGUGGUUUUGCUUCGCUUCUACUUCCAGGUGGCAUAACUGCUCAUUCGAGAUUUGGACUGCCAAUAAUUGUACAUGACAACUCCACAUGCAGCAUCAAACAACAGAGCCCACAUGCAGAGUUGUUGUCUAGAGCAAAGCUAAUCAUAUGGGACGAGGCACCGAUGAUGCACAUGUACUGUUUCGAAGCAGUCGACAAAAUAAUGAAAUCUAUACUUGAUUAA